AUGGACCCCGCCGUGGAUUCCGGAGAGGAAGGGUCGCGAGAAGAUGAUCCCUCGCCCCCUUGGUUCCUCCGAGUCGCGAUGAAAUUCUUGCUCAUGUUUGUAAAAGGGGGAAUCGAGUACUGUGGAAUACUAUGUGUCUCCAUCGGCCUGGCGGCCAAAUGGGUCUACUGGCUUAUGGCGGGCAUGGUAUUGGUGGCCCUCGCGCAGCUUGCCUACUGGACCUAUGUUUGGGUCCUUCGGCCGCUGACGAGGUUCGCCUACGUCUUGGCUCAGUACCUCGUGGGCCGUGCUCCGUGGGAUGAGGUUUUGACCCAUCACGGCCGCACGCCGUUCCGACUGGUGUGGUACGGUCCCACGGGACAGGUGGCUUGGACCGCCCAGUACAUCCAAGAUAAAGUCCGAGGCAGGGGAACCUGCCAAGCCCCUUUCGACUUGUUGGUCACGGACGGGACUGCACUUGCCCGCUUGCGGCACGGCACCAUCCGUGGGCGUACAAAUCGGCACGGGUUUACUUGCCCCUGUGACACGGUGCAUGGGAGCUCACACCGCUACUGGCGGCACUCUUUGGAGGGAGCGAAUUGCCGAGUGCACCUCUGCUCCCAAUCACCUUGCACAGCACCGGAAGCGGCGGAGGUGCAUGUCACUUCAAGCUCCGUUGUGCCUCGGGAGGUAGAGCUGGACCUCACCGAGCUGGCAGGAAAAGGGCCCUUCGGUAGGUGCCUUACGGCUACGUGGCUCCUCAGCGCCCAGGGAUAUUACCUCUGGAAGUCGCUGGGUGGCUGCAUUUGCUCCUGCCGGCGCCGGUGUUGUCAGUUUUGCGGCUGUGGCUCACGCCCGCGGCGCGGUCCGCGCCCGGGAGGAGAGAACGGCCCCGAGCCCUCCCGCCUCCUGCACGAGUGGUCGGAGACCGAGAGUGAAGGCGACGACCACGCACAAGCGUGCCAAGCCGACCAGCUUGCGUGGGAGGAAGGGGGCAAAACGCACGCGUUGUGCAAAGAGCCUUGCAAGGAUCUGGCCCUCGGGGACAGUAUCCAGAUCUUGCCAGCGGACCUGCGCGUGAGCGAUAAGGCUGGGUUACAGGAAGAAGACGGCAGCUGCUACGCCCGGCUAUGCCCCAGACACUCCGCUCAAUAUGGGCAUGCGAGCGCGCGACGUAAGUGCGCAGUGGAAGGCUGCGUGGAACUGAGCCGGACCACCAAAGGACGAGCACAGGGAGAGACAGAGCCGCAGCUGCUUAGCCUCACUUGGGACGAGGUCGCGAACUUGCCUGAUCCCGCGAUGCGCCUGAAGGCAAUUCGCGUUAAGACGGGAGCGGGGCGAGACUCCGAAGAGAGACUCGACCCACCAGGGGACGCAAACCUCAAAGCUGAGGCCCUUGGCAAGCUGGUGCGCAACGUAGCGUUGGGACAACCAGCGGCGAAGGCUUACUCUGCAGCCUGCCAGGAGUAUGGGCUGGACCCGUUCACGCAGCCACUGCAAGGGGCUGCUCGGGAGUACUUGCCUCGGCUCCCUAUUCAAUACCCACGGCUUGCCCGAAAGGUCCUUGAGGAAAUCGCCGAGCAGGGACAGCCGCAGGAGCACGACCCUGUGCUCGGGGCGUUUCACGCUUACUUGCACGGGACUGACGGGAGCGGAGGGACUGAGUUUUCAGCUGGUGCUCCUCCCUUCGUUAGCGGGGAGCAGCGCCAUCCCGCCCUUGCUUUAUAUGGGGGAGUAGACCUUCCUGCGGCUCGAUCCGAGCCCGGGACUCCUGCUCCACCUAUUGAAGCCGGACAGAGCGCUCCCCCCGCAGAACGAAUUCCCUUUGCAGCCGCAAGCCUUUUCCGGCCACGGGAAGAGGGCCCCGGUGCGCAGGGGAAUCCUCCCCCGGCGGGGCCCCUCAUGCAAGCAAGCACGUUGCCAGGGGGGUAUCAGGUUCUCGCCAACGCCGUGCGGCCUUUCCAUGCGGGAGCAUACACUGAUGCCGAACCCCCCAGGCUUGACGAGUCGGCGAAGGCUUUGCAAGCCAUUGCCCGUUCACUCGUCAAAGACGACCAAGGGCAAGAGAAGGGGAAACUGUCGGCCAUCGGGCGGCAAGAGGAGCGACUUGUCUUUCUCCUGCGGGGUUGCGACAGCUUGGACGUGCCACUUGCCGCAGGCGUGGUGGGGAAAGAGCUUUUCCACAGUUUGCGGGCCGCGGCUACCCAAGCCAGGCCAAAAUUACGGCAACUUAGGUUUCCGGUCAACUUGACCAACCGCCUGUGCUACGCAUUGGCGUCGGCAAGCUUCGGAGCCAAGGAUGUUAAAUCUUUGCCGUUACAUUGUGGGUCUGCCGCAGAUUUUCCGCAGACUGAAGAGGCAGAUUUCGACGCCUACUCAAGCCCGCCGGAUCUUAAACUUGAAGCGCGGCCACGGGGACCCACGACGGUCAGCACGUGGUUGAGGAACGCUUUGAGGCAAGCAUGGGGCCUGGCUUGUGUCUACGGACAACAACAUUAUGCCGUCUGGGAAGCUGCAGCUCUCCACCUGACUAAGCUGGGCGAGGAGCACAGUUACGCUUGGCCGGCGCAUGUUAUUUUUGAUGUGUGGGAAGAGCUCUGGGCCCGCUUCUUCGAAGAACUCCGCGAAGUUGACCGUGACCUGCGACGUUUGAUGCGAGAGGAGUCCCCGACUUUCGACCGCAUGAAAUUUGUUGCUACUGCCCACAAUGCCGAAGGGCGGCCCUGGCUGCGGCUUCCGGGAACCUUUCGGCUGGAGGACCCGCGUGAAUACUUCACGACCGAUGUGCUGGAGGCGGCAGGGCUGGAGACGCUUCGGCGGACGGGCAAGCCCCCGGGGAAGGCAGACGACCCGCCCACGCGUGCCGGUGGGGAAAUGACGGGCCUGCGUAGCCUGGAAGCCCAGGAGCAGGCCGCCAAGGUCCAGGAAGACGGGGGCAAGCGCAGGCCGGGCGAACUCGGCGCCGAACCUCAGCUUCCCGAGGCUCGUUCCGAGCCCGGGCAGAGCAACCAGGCUCUCACUCCCGAGCCCCCCGUAGAGCUCCGAGACGGGGGAUACACCCUUCAAGAAGAAGGCCUUCGCAAGCUCGUGCAGGGCGCCGACUACAGUUGGUAUCAAGAUCAGGAUCACGGCCAAGGCAAGGCCACUGCCGCAGACCUGCCUGCCGGGUAUGAAUCCCCCGGGCUUGACCUUCAGGAGCGGACCCGUGCAAUGCGGGCGGUUGAAGCCUUACUCGCUUCACAGGACCCACCCCUUUCGGCAAUGCCGGAUCUGCUCACCGUGUUCGUUCGGAACUACCUGCUCCACCACGAUUCGCCCGCUUCCCCGCAGGAGCGGUUGCAGGCCUGCUUCCAGGUCGCAACUACUCUCGGCGGGCCGGAGUUGGCCUCGCAGGCGGCUGAGUACCUCGACUCCACCCAACGCCUCUCCCGGGCUGGUUCUGUCACUGCAGCUGCUACUGUAGGGCGCAUCAGCUGGGAUGGGGACAUUGGAUUCGGGACCUUCGAGUACAAUGGAGCUCACUGGCGCCAAUUUGAUUAUCAGGAUCGGCUUCCCCUCAGUCCAGAAAUGCAAGCUCUUCUAGGGCGCAAUGAGACUGAAGAGCCCAAACAGUGUAUGCUGCUCCACGUUGCCGCUGGUGUCCUUUCCACCGAAGGAGAACUCCCUACGCUUGCCGCCGCCCAGCUUUUGGGCCAAGCAGCACGAGAAGCCAUGUACCACUCAGCGCGGGAGGUUGAAGCACAGUUGGGGCCGCCACCUGAGUACCUCACCCGAGCUGAGGCCGACUUCCGAGUGUUUAACCAUGACCUUUUGCACUUCGGGAUGAGCGAUGGCGUGGUUGGUAUCGCGCACCGCAUCGUCGGUGCCCGGAGGCGGCCGACGACGACGGGCAGUUCCCGGGUGGCGUCGCAGAAGUUGGGCGUGGCAGAGUUGGCACCGUUCCAGCAUCCGGGUACCGCGACCCGUGAUGUGGCCACACGUACGCCGAUGCCAUGCCCUGCCCCUGGGGGUAGCUUCGAAUCCAGUGGGAUCGACCCCGGGGUUACAGUCUCGGCAAGCAGCGAUAGCAUGGAUCAAGGUUCGCCAGCCAAGCUUGGGUUGGCGGUGGUGCUUUCGGGGGCACGCCUGGUGGUGAGGUGGAAGAAGAGGCUCCACUUUCAGUUGGCGCGGCGCUCUGCCCCCCUGCAGGACCCGUAG